AUGGAGGGCAGCUCCGGAGAGCCGUCGGCGAGCGGCGAGAGCGGCGACCAGUACCUGGUGCACAAGGUGUCCAAGGAUGACAACAUGGCUGGGGUCGCCAUACGUUACGGCGUUACGGUGCUGGACCUCAAGCAGGCCAAUGGGCUGCUGUCGGACAACGCCAUGUUUGCGCGGGACACACUGCUGGUGCCUCUGGAGAGGAGGAGAGAAGUGAGGAUAUCUGAUGCCAACACAGUCGCAAGGCUGGUGAACCGCUUGGGCCGGCGUGCAGACCACACGGAUUUCGUCAGCAGGCCCGGGACGACUGCGCUGGGGCCGAUCGCAAGUGGCCCAAUAUCGCUGGAGGAGUCAGUCACCACUCCAACAAGUACAGCAGCGUCCAGUGACAGCGACUCACGUGAGUUCUGCUGGCGAGACCCGGCAGAGGUCGAGAUGAAGGUGAUGUCAGAUAUCGUAAUGCCAUCCAGGAGGAAAGAUGGUCGCAUUCGCCGCGACAGCAUGCGACAGCGGACUCCGUCGUCCCGCAACAGUGACAGGCCCGCCUCUUGCUCUCCAAGGAUGGAGAGCCAGCCCGACCAGGAGGCAGGUGGCUCAUGGACAGGCGACAGACCCUGCUCACCGAGCCGCUCGGAGAUCUCACGAGUUUUCACCAGAAGCAGCAGCCGUUCUGGCCAGAGCAUGAAGCGCUCCCGGCCUCCAAACCUGCCCAAUGGAAGGAAGGCAUCGCAGCUCGCUGGGUACCUCGUCUCCGUGGCCCACUCCCUGGUCGCCAGCGGCAGCGACUGUGCCGCUGGCAGUGCCUUCCUGAGUGGAGGUGAAGGCUCCAAUGGCCAGACCUCUGAGUCCAUCCUCCAGCGGGUGAAGCGUGCGGUGAAGCAAAGUGGGCUGGGCACAGGUUCAGUCCUGCAUCUCACGUCACUGGCCGAUCCACUGGCCUCAUCCUUUGCGAGCCUGCGGAGUUUGAGCACGUCCAACGGGAGGACGCCCUCCGGGGGGGGGUCAGUAAGGGGAGGGGUGGCGGUCGCAAAGGGUGACAAGAAGUCUGACUAG